AUGUGCAAUUUUGUGUUUGGAGCGUUAUUAUUUAAGAGUAAUGUAUGGGAACUUCAUGAUGCCUCAAAAGGGGUACUUAAUCUUGUAAUAAAUUUUAGAGAAACAUCAAUUUAUUAUCCUUGCCAAUCUUCUUAUGAUUGCACAUAUUAUUCUUCUCAAUUUGCACCAGGAAUUUAUAAAGUAGAAGUUUGGGGUGCAAAUGGAGGAUCUUCGUAUACUAAUACAGACUUUCGCCAUAAUAACGGACAAGGCGGUUAUUCGCAAGGAGUAUUGAUACUAGAGUACCCUUCGACUGUAUUUGUUUUUAUUGGAGGUCAAGGAGAAAGCAGUAAAAUAGAUUCUUCAACUUUGCCUCACGGCGGUUAUAAUGGUGGAGGUGACUCUACCUGGGAUGAUCGGGAUACAGGUGACCAAGGGAGUGGUGGCGGAGGUGCUACAGACUUGAGAAUUAAUAGCACAGACCUAGAAAGCCGGGUUAUAGUUGCUGGUGGUGCAGGGGGAAAUGGAUUUGAUACCGGAUGGGGAGAGACUCUUCCUCCUGCAUUUGGCGGUGGGUUAGAAGCUGCUCCACCAAGAGGAAGAGAAACUGUAGGAAUACCUGCAUCACAAACAUACGGAUACUUAAAAGGCUUAGGCCAAAAUGGAAUAUAUAGAAGCGGUGGAACAUCGGGCGGUGGUGGAGGCGGUUAUUUUGGCGGUUUGACAAUUGAAGGAACAUAUGGAGGCCAGGGUGGUGGCGGCUCUGGAUAUAUAGGAGGUGUUACUAGCUAUAAUGGCAUCAUUGCCCAGACAAUUCCAGGAAAUGAGACCUUUCCACCUAAGUCAAAUAACGAGGGAAAUGUAUUUGCAAAAAUCACUUUGAUUGAAAAACUCCCAAAGGCUACAAAGUUUUUAGGUAAGUUUAAAAGAAAACGAUGUUUUUAUUUGUUUUGUUUAAAACAUAUUUAA